AUGGAAAACUGUUCGGAAUGUGCCGCAACCAGCAGCAAAAAUGGAGGUUGGAAGUUCUACAAGGCGGUUCCCACUACGCAAGUAAGUACACCCAUGCAUAUUAUGGAGUAUAGAACUAAUAGACAAUCCCCAUUAUAGACUAAUUUUAAAACUAGCCAAAGAGAUACAAAUAAAUCACUACAGCUAGAGAGAGCAUACUAAAAUUAGUAAAAUUGCAAAGUUUGGUUGCGAAAAGUUGUAAAAUGCGGAAAAUAUAGCCUUGCAAAGUUCGCAAAUUUUGUAUACUUUUUUUGUAUUGCGUGCAGAAAUUCCUACCAUUUUCGGCCCAAAUGUGGUAGGAAUUUCCGCACCAAUACAAAAGUAUACAAAAUUUGCAAGGCUGUAUUUUCCGCAUGUUACAACAUUUCGCAACCAAACUUUGCAAUUUUACUAAUUUUAGUAUGCUCUUUCUAGCUGUAGUGAUUAAUUUGCAUCUCGCUGCAUAGUUGUAAAAUUAGUCUAUAAUGGGAAUUGUCUAUUGUUGAAGGGAUUUUGGAACUGAUUUUGAGUGGAAUUUUUAUAUGUGUUAGACCUAUAACCAGGAAUCGAACCUCGGCCCCGCGAUUCUGCAGGUGCAGCGCCCUAACACACUGAGCUAAAGAGUCCAGUGGUCGAGCGCUAACCACAAGCUCAUGUAUAAAUACCAAGGCGAUGUCAAUAUCAGGUGUAUGGGUAAAUAUUUAUCAGGCCGAUUUUGGGAAUUUCGGUUAAAUUUGGAUGAAAAUGAGAAAUUAGGCAAAGUUUGUUAUGCUUUGUUGGGCAAAGUAAAUUGAAUGCGUAUAAUUAUAAAUGGACUUAUUCCCUAAUAAACAAAAUUUUGAUCUAGACAAAAAUUUCAUAACAGCUUGAAAGAGCAUCACGAAAUUAGUAAUAUUCCGAAGUUUCGUUGCGAAAUGCUGUAAAAUGCGGAUAAUAUAGCCCUGCGAAGUUUGCCGUUUUUCAGUCAUUUUGUAUUACGCGCGGGAAAUUGAUACCUUUUUUCAGAAAGCGGUAUCAAUUUCCCGUGCGUAAUACAAAAUGACUGAAAAACGGCAAACUUUGCAGGGCUAUAUAUCAUCCGCAUUUUACAACAUUUCGCGAUGAAACGUCGGAAUAUUAUUAAUUUUGUGAUGCUCUUUCAAGCUGUGAUGAAUUGUCUAGACUUGUCUAGAUCAAAAUUUUGUUCAUUAGGGAAUAGGUCCAUUAGCUCAUUGUAUAAUUUAUUCAUGAUACAGAACUUAAUUACGCUGCGGGAGGUACAAGUCUCCGGUGUCCUCUAGUCUCCUAUGAUAAAGAUAGGUUUGUGAUUGGACUGAAGUCAAAGAGAAACAUAUUCCGAUAUUCGUGCACGCAAAAUGAGGAUAUAACCUACAUAAUGCGCCUGCCAUGCUAGAACAGACAAGCACGGAAGCGAGGCCAUUGGGGCAGAGGCCGCGGAAGCAUUUCGAAAGUGGAGGGGCAUUGGCCAAAAGGGUCACUUUUGUGUAUGACCAAUAUCAAACGAUUUUAUGUCGUUCACGAGCCAAACGAAAGUUUUUGAAAAUAUGGAGUCUCUAUAUAACCGUCGGAAAUGGCCUUUACAAAGCGAGUUUACUACCGCAAAAAGGGCACUUUCUUUCCAGCAAAAGAGGGCGUUCAUUCAAGAAAUACUUUUUUCGUUUUAUAUGGGGCACUUUAGCCCAGAAAAAUAGGGCACUUUUUUCACUUUUAGAAAAAGUGGGGGGCACAUGCCCCAAUUGCCCCCCAUCCUGGUUCCGCGGCCCCUGCAUUGGGGAAAAAGUGCAAUAGAACUUUGUACUAUUUCAUCAAUUUAUUUUUUUAUAAUGUUUAAUGCCAUAUUUCAUUGCAGAGAUUAUUAUGCUCUAAAAACCACUCUUGCAAGAACGGAGGAACUUGUGUUGCAAAUCCAUGCGAUAAAGAGAAUGGCUUUGAUUGUAUUUGUAAGGAAAACUUCUCUGGCAAAUUUUGUCAAAACGUUACAGGUAAACGGUUACAUGUAUGAAAAUUCGAUCGAUAUUUAAUAAUUCGAUUCACGGGCUACACCAACCUCGUUCCCAGGCUCUUCCCUAUUGGGGCUACACACGACCAGAAAUCGCACAGAAAAUCGGCUCAGUUUAAUAAGCUGUGGCAUUUUUACACAUGCACACGACGUAUUCACGUUGUAUUUUUCUGCAAAUACUACUUCGUUACAUCAUACACUCUACGUGUUUGUAAUAGUAAUUUUGAAACUCUUAAAAGUUUGAUGUGAUAACUUGUGUAUGUCUUGAUAUAUUGAUUAAAUAUAAAUAUCUGAACUCAUUUCCUUAUUUCUUGUAUAGGACAUUUUUCAUCCUGUAAAAGCUUGCUUCAAAUUGGGCGGUAGGUUCUCCAAUAUGGUCCUAUAAUAUAUGAUAACCAGGCAUAAUUAUAGCAAACAAAACUGAUAGUUUAAUACAUUUUAAAAAUCAUCACCAACGGGAUCAUAGAGGUUAAAAAGUCUGAAAAUAUUUAAGAACUACGUUUCAAACAGUCAGUUUAACUGCUCUAGCUUCGUUACAUUAUUUAACACUUAUUGACUGGAACGGAGGGAAACAGAAUGUUUUGUAGAUACAAAAAGUGAACCCGAGGGAAACAUUGCUAGUCGAGAGUCUACAAAACAUACUGUUUCCCGAAGGUCCCAGUCAGUAAGCAUUUUAUUACAAAGAAAACAAACUGAAUAAUAAAAGAAACGAAAAGGCCAUAAAUAACGAUUUUUGAUUAUUUACCGGUGAAAAAAGUAAUGGCCACCACUCGGAUCUGAAGCAACUUGUAGCGAAUCCAACGCAGUUGAAUUAUACGUCUUAUUUUGUAUCGGUUGCUUACGUGCAUUUUGAUAUUGUCCAGUUCAAUCUUAUUAGCGCCUAAGUAAAAAGUACCUGUCAUUCUGUCAAGUAUUAAAUUAGUAAUCAAGUUACUUCUGAAGAAAAGUAAUUUGUAAUAAUUACCUAUAAGUAAUUUAAUAUGUAUAUUUGAUGUUUUAGAGAUUUGCCAAAUGGUAAUUAUAAUAUACUACACAAAAAUGGCGCAAAAUCUACGUUGAUGUAUUGUCAGAUGACGUCACUUGAAGGCUGUGCAGGUGGAGGUUGGACCAUGGCGAUGAAAAUUGAUGGGAGUGAGGUACUACCAGUGUGCUCCAUAUAUAUCUGGAGUGAGAAGUCGAGUCCAGCUGAAAAGUGAAGCCAGCUUCGUGUUAAUUAACCGCGCAGACAAAAAACAAUAGAAAGGGACGGGAACUGACGUCCAGUUGCUUCUUUAAUUUCCGCCAUCUUGGCAAGGAGUGUGCCGAAAUUUGGUAAUCGUUCCAUGUUUCGCGCACCAAUAUAGUAAACGUUAUGUAAUGGAUGUUAUAUAGUGUACUGAAAAGUUAACUGGAUACCUCCAUACACCAAGGGUGGGUUGACUACAAAAUAUUUGUAGUUCGCUAUAACUAAAGCUACUUCAAAAAUAUGUAGUCAGCUACAACUAUAUACUACUACUUUUGAACAAAGGUAUAGUUCGCUACUGACUACAGCUACUGCUUAAAAAAUGUAGCAAACUAUUUCGCUACACUAUAUUUUUUAGUUUUACUGUAUUUGGAGCAUCUACUAACUCAAGCUGCAAUGUAUAACCUAUAACAAAUCGACUUACGAGUAGCAACAGUAAACACAAAGCAACAUUUUUGUAAGCACUACGUACACUCUUCGGGAGUGCAAAUAAUUGACUAUUGAGGAUUGAUUUUAAGCAAACCGUGUCUCAAUAUCAUGCUAUUCUAUCAAGUUGCUAACAAUUUAAAAAAGUAGCGAAUAGCGAUUCGCUGUUUGAAAAGUAGUCAACUACUUGGCUACUUUUAGGCAAAAUGUAGUUCGCUAUAAUUACAGCUACUGUUUUAAAAAAGUAGUCAAAAACUACUGGCUACUUGAAAAUUGUAGUUCGCUACAGUAGCGAACUACAACUACUUCGCUACUACCCACCCUUGCCAUACACAUAUAUACACACCCUAACCCUAACCUUAAACCUAACCCCAACCUUAACCUAACUCCUAACCCUAAUACCUAACCCUAACCUAUAUUGGUGCGCGAAACAUGGAACGAUAACAUUUGACUUCGAUUUAAAGACUAAUAUUAUGACGUUAUUUAAUAUUUUGAUUUUUACAACGCGUGACCUCUAAGACUUGGACUUUUUUGCCAUAGUAGCCCUUACCUUUUACACAUAAUUUUUAAACCUUUUAUCAAGAGGAUGUAAGAAAUCAAUCAUGCAUAAAAUCAGUCAUGCGUGUGAUAAAUAGUAUGCGUGAACAACCUCGUACCCAGGAAGGCUACUCAAAAAUUCACUUUUCAGAAUAAUUUUGCAUGUGAUAGAGAUACCAGAAGACCCGGAAAAAAUCAACAUUAUUUAAAUAGGACUUUUCUUCAUUUCAACAGACAACAUUUGACUACAAUUCCACCUACUGGACAGACAGAACUGGUUAUCUUACCAUUCACGGUAGGUUUGGCUUUGAUAAUGUCGAAACCAAAAUGCCCAGCUACUGGAGUGCUUCAUUUAAAGAGAUAUGUAUUGGAAUGAAAGUCGGCAAUGAUCUACGAUUCUUGAUGAUACCAUACGCUGGCGAAUCGCUGCGUGAUUUGAUUGCUGAAGACAAAUUUCUCGCUACCAAUGUUGGCCGUGAAAAAUUGAAAUCAUUGAUUGCGAACUCAUCUCUGCAAUCAACAUGCCACAAGGAGGGUUUCAAUAUGUAUGAUCCUGAUACAAAGCACGUUAUUGCUCGCAUUGGCAUU